AUGAAAGUAUUCACACCGGAGAGAAGCCGUUUUUCUGCUCUGAAUGUGACAAAUGUUUCUGUUCUAAGAAAAAUCUUAUUAGACAUCUGA